AUGGAGCAAACCACCGGAUUCAGGGAGUCUCGUCUUUCAAUUGGUCACAAAAGACCAGCUGUCGAAGAUGUCGACCAAGGUGCGACAAGGUCCAAGAAACACCACACUCUGCCUGACGAUCACCAUUAUGCGACGAACAUGAUAUUUGAUCAAGAUUCUUUCAAAUGGGAUUCUGGAACUGGAAUUUCAUACGGUGCCCGAGAAGGAUCAGCAGUCCAUACAGGGUUACUGCCUCUUAUCGACACGUCUACCAGUCUUCCACCAAAUGAUUCAUGGUCAUUUGACGGCACUGUCCGACUCAACGCCCUACUAUGUAGAGACGCUAGAAAGUUGUUUCCAAACACCUCCUCCACCGACACACGGUGCUUUGCCUGGAUCUACACCGCUAGAGGGAGAAAAUUCCAGACGUUCAGCGCGAGUCCAAGCAAUUAUGAGAACCAUUCAAGUUCAGGCACAUCAUCACUGGACCUUGGAAAGACGCGAUACGAUGCUUGCUUCGGGGUCAUUGUGACAGAUGUUAUAUCUUCCUUCGUCCCCCAGAAGGGAAAUUGCACAACACCUGUCCUACUCCGGCCGUAUGGGAAUAUAUACAAGCUCUACCUUGAAGACUCGAGCAAGUAUGCUGGCAUUCUGGAGUUGCCUCGCCUUCACAAUUUACUCCAGGGGUAUGCUUUUGCAGCAAGAGGAUACCUGCCCGCAACUCCUGUCGAAUCAAGGAUCACCAAAGCACGGAAGGCUAAGAGUCAUAUCCUCAGCCGCCAAUGCUCGCUGCGCAUCAUUGUUUAUGGACUCAAGUGCGAAAAGGAUGCUGUCAGCCAAUUUCUCUCAGGUGCUGGCGUGUUCCUUCAGCAGCCUUUGGUCAGCGAAUGGGAACCAGAGCCAGAAUACUCGGACCGACCAGAUACCGUCACAAAAUCACUGGGCAGCGCCAGGAGAACUCAAUUGCUGGGCGAGGUGGUUGCCUUACUGAUGAAGGAGAUGGGUCUAGGGAAACCAUUGAGCGUUCUAGCUUUGAUCUGUUUGUCCCUUGAUAGGCUCAAUGAUCAGGAUAUCUGUAUGAGGAAAGAUACUCCUCGUGCGACGUUGAUUGUAACACCGAAAUCCACAAUUCCUGGCUGGCUUCAACAAAUCAAAGACAUGUUUGCAAAGAUCAAUUGCGAUUUGCAAUAUAUCACGGAUCAGACCGCCAGUGCCUGUCCUCGACUUUUGAGGAUCUAG